GGGCUGCUCGAGUGUGAGAUUGUAGAGAGAUCUCAAACAAAUAGAAUGUUGCAAUAGAGGAGUUCUAGAUCGUGCCCAGAAUGGAGACGAGCGUCAAGUGGGGCCCGGGUACCGAGGUGAUCGCUCGUUAUAACUUCAAGGCCAACUCCGAGGAGGACCUCACCUUCUCUAAAGGAGAUGUCUUGACCAUCAUGUCAGCGACGCCGGACCCGAAUUGGUUCAAGGCGAAACAUGCUGACGGACGGGAAGGUCUCGUCCCCUUGAACUACCUCAUGAAACGUGGAGAUGGGAAAGCCGGAUUGAUGUUAUGGUUCCACGGGAAGAUCUGUCGCGAAGAAGCCGAGAGACUCCUUUUAGCCAAUCCCAGCGAUGGAGCUUUCCUCGUUCGUGAGAGCACCAAUUACCCUGGAGACUACACGCUUUGCGUUUGUUGUAAAAGCAAGGUCGAACACUACAGAGUAAUCACCCAAGAUCAGUUGGGUCUGACGAUCGACGAGGAAGAGUACUUCGAGACGUUAUCUCAACUGGUUGAACACUAUGAAAUGGACGCCGAUGGUUUGUGUACCAGAUUGACCCAUGCCCUGCCCAAGAAAGGAGUGCAUUGCAACGGCACGGCGGACAAACGAGCUUUCGAAAUGACUGGAUGGCUCAUCAAGUCUCAGGACAUAUGCAUUAUAGAGAGCAUCGGCAAAGGUGAAUUCGGUGAUGUGCAGCUGGGUAUGUACAAAGGCAAUAAGGUUGCGGUGAAGACCGUCGAGUCUCCGGAACGUGAGAAGAACUCCCUUGUUCAAGCGAAUCCGCUCGUGCUCGAAGCGCAGAUGAUGACAUCGCUUCGACAUCGGAACCUCGUGCAGCUUUUGGGUUUGGUGAUGGAAGACGGUCUAGUUCAAAUCGUCACUGAAUACAUGGCGAAGGGUUCGUUGGUGGAUUACCUCAGAUCGCGCGGCCGACUCCACGUGACGCGGAAAGAUCAAAUCAAUUUCGCUCGAGAUACCUGUGCCGGCAUGGCUUAUCUCGAAAGUCGGCAUGUCGUACAUAGAGAUCUAGCGGCCAGGAAUGUGCUCAUAUCGGAUGACGGUGUCGCCAAAGUUAGUGAUUUUGGUUUGGCGAAAACCCAAGACGCCGAUAAUCCCGACGUUGGAAAGUUCCCGAUCAAGUGGACAGCACCCGAGGCGCUGAAGACGAGCUUAUUCUCAAACAAGACGGAUAUGUGGUCAUUCGGCAUUUUGUUGUGGGAAAUUUAUUCAUUCGGUCGAGUACCUUACCCUAGAAUCCCCCUGGCAGAAGUCGUUCGUCACGUUGACAAAGGGUAUCGCAUGGAGGCGCCGGAGGGCUGUCCCCCGGAAAUCUAUUCGCUCAUGCAGAAAGCGUGGCACAAAGAGCACGAUGAACGACCGACGUUCUUGUGGAUGUUGGGAAAACUUGAGCAGCUACAGCGGGAAACGACUUGAAGGAGAGAAACGUUCCAAGAGCAUCAUCACAGUUUGGCCGCUUGCACUUAAAUACAAGUUGAAUACAAAGCUACAGAAACACGAACACACACCGGUACACGAACAGAAUGAACGAGGCUAGACACACAUGAUUUAAGUUAAUUUCUGAGUCCGCCAUCCGGGUCCGGAUCCAGAUGACAACCGGCGGAGGGUUGUAAAUACCAAGUGUACAUUAAACUCAGUCUACGUCGGUUUUCCGUGGAAGGGAAAACCUCUUAUUUAUUGGUGCCAACGCGGGCGGACCUGUACAGGACUUCGAUCUGAUUAGUGAAGCAGUUCAAUGGCGUGUUUCGCGUCGAGGGAAACCUCUGAGGGAGAUCUUUCUCAGAAAUUUCUGGAGACCUUUUUCCCACCAGCUCACCUCAACACGAUGUUAGAAUCUCUAGGUCGCUCUUGUUAUUCCCCGCAGUGAUUUCUGCGGCUCAAAUUUACGAUUUCAUGUCCGAUCUAUCACUGUUUCAUCUUAUGCAUUCCAAGAAACGCUAUCUAUGACUUCAUCUCGAUUCUGAAAGUUGAUGAUUGAGAGCUCCUACUCCCACCGUUCAUAAACUCUCUAUCGACGCCGCUGAGUCUCAAAGACUUUUGAAUCGCCAUUUCUUGAUACAACGACGACCUCAAAACUCAAGGAAGAUCUGAUUGUAAGAUCACGAGCUGGAUGAAGAAUCUAUGGAGCUGGAGAAAAUAAAUUAAAAAUU